AUGGCAUUGACAACAACAGCAACUGCAGAUUCUCUCCCAGUAAAUAAGGAUUUCAUCAUUGCACGAAACAAUUUAAUUCUAUGUCGAGCUGAUUAUUUCCAAGCAUGUUGGUGCACGGUGAAUUCAACGACACCAAUAUCAUGUACAUAUCUAUUAAGAAAUGCGGCUUCGUAUUCGAAUGCCUCCUAUUUUUGUGUUUAUCAUAUUAUACGAAAAACAAUUGAAUGCAUCAACUCGACGCAUAUUUUUCCUCAACCGACAGUAUCGAAUGUCUAUAAUUAUUUAACAGCACUUCUGUUUUUCAUUGGUCUCUUUGGUAAUGGUGUGUCCUUUGUCAUUUUAUUAUCGACUAAACUUCGUCGAUUGAAUGUUUAUCGGAAUCUUAGCAUUCUUUGCUUUUUGAAUAUUUUAUACUUGGCAAUUGUGUUGAUUCGUUAUAAGAAUAUCUAUGGUUAUGAUUUACGGAUAAUUUCCAAUGAAUUUUGCCGUUUCCACACAUUUCUAGUGGCUUUUAUCGGCCAUCUUUGUUCAUGGCAACUAGUUUCAACAAGUAUUCAACGUGUUCAUGCUCUGUUCAGUCUCGAGUCACAUCAGACGACUUCCUGGGUAAACACUUGGAUUAUCUUUAUUACUUGUGUUGUAAUUCCACUGUUUAUUUUUGACGCUCAAUUACUUUUUAACUACGGUUUAUUGAAAAAUAAUCAAACUUGUAAUGAACCAAUCGAUCCUACCAUUCGACAAAUUCGACGUGCAAUUCGCUAUCCAGUGUUCAGCAUCCAUCCUCAUCUUACCCCACAUUAUCGUUCGAGUUGGAUGUCGAAUUUCUCUACAUUACAUUCCAAAGGAAGUACUUGCGUUGCAUGGAAUACUGUCGAUACGUUAAUCUAUUCGAUUCUGCCAUUUAUCAUCACUUUAAUUUGUAGUUUCAUCAUUAUAGUCAAAGUUUUACAACGACGUCGCUCAGCGAUGAUCAUAGGAAAUAUAUGUUAUCUGAACCAAGCAGCUCUUUUCCCCAAAGAUCAUUUAUCGAAAUUAUUGAUCACCGUCAAUCUUUUGUUUUUAAUUAUGACUGGACCAUCGAAUAUCUUUCUAAUGAUUGAAUCGACUCUCAAGUGUGUUUUCAGUCGACCGAUAUCAAUGAAACAUUUUCAUACCGUCGAUGAAUAUCUUCGACUAUUACAAAGUUCGUAUCAUGCUUUAUCAUUUAUCUUCUAUUGUCUCGUUGGAAAUAAGUUUCGAAAUUCGGCAAAACUAUUAUCUCGUACUAUUUAUUACAAAUUAUUCGAAUUCAGUCGGCGUCAUCGACGUACUCAAAUUCCAUUUUUUCCAUGUUGCUUCGAUCGUCGACGUUCAUCAAGUAGUGGACAUACGACAUCAACAGCUAGUCGACUAAGUGAUAACAAACGAGCAUCAACUGGACGUCGAAGAAGCAGUUUAAUACCAAUGAAUGUGAUUAGACGACCGACAUACGUCACUUUUGACAUUACUCACAAAACGAUCGCACAUUCAACAGUGACUGCAUUGUAA